AUGGAAUGUGACCAACACAAAGGAAAAUUGACCAGCAACACUGUGACCACAGCAAGUACCCGUCGACCGCUUCGCCUUCCGUUACGCUUUACUAUCCUCACCAAGAACCGAGGCAUGAGCGUCCUGAUGAAUCUUCUGCGCCGCGUUUGGGGCUUUUUCCAGAGGAGGCAGGAAUCCAGCGAAGACCAGGCUCAGCAGCUAGGAGGAUCCUCCAAGCUGAAGAGUAUUCAGGGAACCAUAACAUCUUUCUACAAUGACUAUGGCUGGAUCAAUGAAUCCAUCUUCUUCAAUUCUGCCGUGGUGAUGGAUGAUGUGCCUUUGACAGUUGGACAAAAAGUUACUGCACUUGUGGAGGAAGAUGAAGCAUCUCAUACAUUGAAAGCAAUCAAUGUGAAAGCUGGAUCCCAUUCUUUUGAUUUCAAUGAUUCACCAGACCUUGAAACCAGAGUCAUUACUAGGUGUGUCACUGCUGUGACACAGGAUGCAGUUUAUAUUAGCAGAGAAACUGGCUUUUCUCUACGCCUUGUCACCAAAGGGUUUAUGCCUUAUACAGGUGACUUGAUACAUGUUGAGUAUUCCAUCCAUCCACGCACUUCAAAUGUCAGUGUACAUGCCGUGAGCGCUGUCAACAGUAAGAACAUGAAUGAGGUAUGCAUUACCAGCAUGGAUGGAAGAAUUGGUGUGGUGGAAGACAGCGUCUUUUUCACCCUGGAUUCCCUCAUCCUCCCUUCUGGAUACGUUCCUCAGGAGCAUGACAUGGUUAAUGUGGUCGCCGUGGAGAGCAUUCAGUUCCACUACUGUUGGAGGGCUAUUUCUUUGACGCCAGUAGAAAUGUUCAUUUAA